UGGGAAUCCGUACCUCAAUGCUGAUGGGGAAGUGUUGUGCUCCCAGGCACUGGCAGAUAAGAUGCUGGGCUUCUUGUCAUACUGAAGCAUAGGGCUGGCUCACGAGAAGCUGCCAGCAGGACUUCAUGAUUUGGGAGACCCAAAUCUUCAGCAGCACGUUGCUCUGUUUCUUUCUAAAUUUGUACACCAUCCGACAGCUGCAAAGCUAUAAUUUUAAGUUGUGAAUGAGCAAAUUUUGUACUGGUUUCACGGGCUGAGGAUAAGCGAAAGAAUUGCUCAAGGCACGUGCAGGGCUGAAUUUAGAACCAGCAAAGAGUCAGACUGGCAGGAGGCUGCAGUCUUGGUUUCCACAGCGGCUACGUGCUAUGGCUAUGUGAGCACCCUGCAGGCCGUACUCCUGGCGUGUUUCUCUGCUGACCUGGUGGAAAAACUCUGGUAAGCCCGAGGGAAUUUAGACUGGAACUGAACUCUGGAAAAACAAAGUGGAGCUUGGAGCAUGUGGCCUGAGGAUUGCCUUACAAAGCCAGGGGUGGUAGCUAAGAAGUGAGCAGGAUGCCCCCAGGCAUUUACUGCCCUAUGGAAUUCUGGUCCAAGGGGGAAAACCAAAACAUCCAGGUGGACUUCCUGCUGCCCACAGGCAUAUACUUAAACCUCUCUGUGUCCUGCAAUGCCAGCUUGGGCACCAUCAAGCAGGUGGUGUGGAAGCAUGCUCAGUAUGAGCCACUGUACCAUAUGCUCAGUGAUCCGGAGGCCUAUGUCUUCACAUGCAUCAACCAGACAGCCGAACAGCAAGAGUUGGAGGAUGAGCAACGUCGGCUUUGUGACAUCCAGCCCUUCUUACCGGUACUGCGGCUCGUGGCUCGAGAAGGAGACAGAGUCAAGAAGGUUAUUAACUCCCAGAUCAGCCUGCUCAUUGGAAAAGGUUUGCACGAGUUCGACUCUGUGCAGGAUCCGGAGGUGAAUGAUUUCCGCACCAAAAUGUGCCAGUUCUGUGAGGAGAGAGCAGCAAAGCGGCAGCAGCUCAGCUGGGCAGCUUGGAUGGAGUACAACUUUCCCUUGCAGCUGGAGCCCAUGGCCAAAGGCUUUGGGACUGGUCCUCUACAUACCCCCACCAAGAACAUUUUUGUCAACGUCAGGUUUCAGUCUGGCGGGGAGAGCUUCACUUUCCAGAUCUCCCCAAAGGAGUUCCCCAUCACAUUAAUGAGCUAUGCUAUCAAGAAGCAGGCUACCGUCUUCCGCCAUGAGACAGUGGAGAACCCAGAGGACUACACCCUGCAGGUGAAUGGGAAAUGUGAAUAUCUCUAUGGGAACUACCCCCUGUACCAGUUCCAGUAUAUUCGCAGCUGCCUGCACCGAGGCCUAACGCCCCACCUGACCAUGGUACACUCCUCCACUAUCGUUGCUAUGAGAGAUGAGCAAACCAACUGUAUUGCCAGCCCCCCAAAGAUGGCUGCCAAGCCUCCCCCGCUCCCUAAGAAAAAGCCAAACUAUAGUUCUCUCUGGUCCUUAGAGCAGUCUUUCUACAUUGAGCUGGUGCAAGGCAGCAAGGUCAAUGCAGACGAGAGAAUGAAGCUGGUCGUGCAAGCAGGUCUCUUUCAUGGCAAUGAGAUGCUGUGCAAGACAGUGUCAAGCUCUGAAGUGAACGUAUGCUCAGAGCCAGUGUGGAAGCAGAGGCUGGAUUUUGAUAUUAACAUCUGUGAUCUUCCCCGUAUGGCGCGGCUCUGCUUUGCCCUCUACGCUGUCAUCGAGAAGGCAAAGAAGGCACGUUCCACCAAGAAGAAGUCCAAGAAAGCUGACUGCCCAAUUGCGUGGGUGAAUGUCAUGCUCUUUGACUAUAAGGAUCAGCUGAAAACAGGGGAGUGCUGCUUGCACAUGUGGUCCUCCUUUCCAGAUGAGAAAGGGGAACUUCUGAACCCCAUGGGCACGGUACAGUGCAACCCCAACACAGAAAGUGCAGCAGCCUUGGUCAUCUGCUUCCCCAGUGUUGCAUUGCAUCCUGUGUAUUACCCAUCAUUUGAGCAGCUGCUGGAGUUGGGGAGAAAUGGAGAACAACCCCGUGCUGCACCAGAAGAUCCUGAGGAGAAGCUGCAACUGAAGGAGAUACUGGAGCGGAGGAGCCACACAGAACUAUAUGAGCAUGAGAAAGACCUGGUGUGGAAGAUGAGGUAUGAUAUCCGUGACCAGUACCCACAAGCUUUGGCAAAGUUGCUUAUCAUCACCAAAUGGAACAAGCAUGAAGAUGUUGCCCAGAUGAUUUCCCUGCUUCAGACCUGGCCAGAGUUGCCUGUCCUGAAUGCCUUGGAGCUGCUGGAUUUUAGCUUUCCUGACCGUUAUGUUGGUUCCUUUGCUAUCAACUCAUUAAAGAAGCUGACAGAUCAUGAAUUGUUCCAAUACCUGCUACAGCUUGUCCAGGUGCUUAAGUAUGAAUCCUACUUAGACUGUGAAUUAACCAAGUUCCUGCUGGACAGGGCGUUAUCCAACCGCAAGAUCGGCCACUUCCUCUUCUGGCAUCUGAGGUCAGAAAUGCAUGUUCCUGCAGUUGCCUUGAGGUUUGGCCUGAUCCUGGAAGCAUACUGCAGAGGCAGCACCCACCAUAUGAAAGUUCUGAUGAAACAGGGAGAAGCACUCAACAAGAUGAAAGCUCUGAAUGACUUUGUUAAAGUGAGUUCUCAGAAGGCCACCAAGCCUCAAACCAAGGAGAUGAUGCAUAUGUGCAUGAAGCAGGAAACUUACCUUGAAGCACUUUCCCACCUCCAGUCCCCCCUGAACCCCAACAUUAUCCUCGCUGAAGUUUGUGUGGAUCAGUGCACCUUUAUGGACUCCAAAAUGAAACCUUUAUGGAUUGUGUUUAAUAAUGAAGAGACAGGUGGAGGUGGAGUGGGUAUUAUUUUUAAAAAUGGAGAUGAUCUUCGUCAGGACAUGCUGACUCUGCAGAUGAUCCAGUUGAUGGACAUCCUGUGGAAGCAGGAGGGCCUGGACCUGAGGAUGACCCCUUAUGGCUGCCUCUCCACAGGAGACAAGACUGGACUGAUAGAAGUAGUCAUGCAUUCAGACACCAUUGCCAACAUCCAGCUGAACAAGAGCAACAUGGUGGCCACUGCAGCCUUCAACAAGGAUGCACUGCUGAACUGGCUAAAAUCCAAGAACCCAGGCGAUGCAUUAGAACAAGCUAUAGAGGAGUUCACUCUUUCCUGUGCUGGGUACUGCGUGGCAACAUAUGUGCUGGGCAUAGGUGACCGGCACAGUGAUAACAUCAUGAUCCGGGAAACUGGACAGCUGUUCCAUAUUGAUUUUGGUCACUUUUUGGGGAACUUCAAGACUAAAUUUGGUAUUAAUAGAGAACGAGUUCCUUUCAUCUUAACUUAUGACUUUGUGCAUGUCAUCCAGCAAGGAAAAACUAACAACAAUGAGAAGUUUGAAAGAUUCAGGGGUUAUUGUGAAAAAGCCUAUAUGAUUCUGAGGCGCCAUGGUCUUCUCUUCCUGCACUUGUUUGCACUGAUGAAAGCUGCCGGCCUGCCAGAACUCAGCUGCUCUAAAGACAUUCAGUAUCUAAAGGAUUCCCUAGCUCUUGGCAAAACAGAUGAGGAGGCACUGAAGCACUUCAGACUAAAGUUUAAUGAAGCCUUGCGAGAGAGCUGGAAAACCAAAGUGAACUGGCUGGCGCACAACGUAUCCAAAGAUAACAGACAGUAGAGCAACAUCAGCCCGCACACUUGCUCCAAGAGAAUGUAAUACGUGCACUGAGUCCAGCAAUUGUAGACAGGUUUUUCAAGACUGAUGAAUGUUGCCAUGUUGAAGGUCCCCCACCUGUGUUCCCAGAGGUCAGACACUUCUGCAUGACUGAAAAAUUGUUGUGACUGUCAUCAGCCGCGUAAUCAUGUCUGCUGUAGAUCUUUGGGGGACAAGGAAGAGACAUGAGGCAAUAAAAUUACUGCAUACAGUGAAAGGUAGGUAGAUGUACUGUACCCUUAAGAACUUAAGCUUCAAAGACAUCUUCUAAUGGAAGAGUUCAGGCAGUUGUAACAUCCUUCCAGUGUGUUAAUGUGUGUAUUUCUAUUUUCUUGAAAAUUUAGCUGAACACUGAGGACCUAGUAUCCAUGUAGCUGUUAUAUAAUAGCCCAUCUUCUAGGUCCCUACCAUUACAGCUCAGAGACAUUAACUUCACCGUGUGACUGCUCCUCCUACCCUGUUUCAGUGUACACCAAGGUAGGUCAGCUUAAAUCACCACUUAAGCUGACUUGGACAAAUUGUUUUGCUCUGCAUUGUGACAGGGUAAAAAUAUCCAUGCUGUCAUAUUACUUUCUCUCUGCUACAGAGGCCAAAGUGUUCUGAAACUGAACUGGAACCCAUCUAUUGCUGUCAAAAAACUGAUGCCACAAGAAUGGGAUUGGAUUGACCAAUGGGUUAGCUAUUUUUGUUUGCUUUCUGCAGUCAGACUUUAGUUGAGCCUCAAGCAAUUCCUGGGUUUCUGUGUUUAUUCUGUUUUUAAGCCUGAAAACAGGAAGCUUGCAUUUUCAAAAUUGGCAUGUAAUGGUUGCUACAUGUACCUCCUGUUGGGGUGCAUUAAAGCUAGUUUGCCACCUGGUUUCCCUGUAAUACAUGCAUGCAGGGCACUGACCUACACCUACGUAAUCACUGGGAUACAACACUGUUAAUUCCAGUGUUAGCUGGGACAGAUGGUACCACUCUGUGUCUGUGUUAUUUGGCCAGUCUGCCUUCCUGUGUAAGGAUAGAGGAGUGCCAGAUGAGUGGGUUUAACACUGAAACACACACUUACAGUAAGGUACAUCUCAACUCUCAUCUUCUUACAAAUUUAUUCCCAGUUCCUUUCUGCACUCUUCCUCCUUUCAACCAUGGCACACGACUCCUCGUCUGUUAUUAGAGCUGGUGUGCAAAGACUGUGUGUCUGUACGGGGGUUCAGCCAGACAGCAAGCUGCAGUCAUCUGUGCUGGUACCUAAAGCAGGACAAACUGUCUCCUCCAGCCACCUCCUGUUCUCCCUGCUGCCUCUGUCUCCUUCCCAAGCAGAAUUUGUCCCAAUCUCCCACAAGGUGCUGUAAUCAAUCAUGUAUUUCUACUCAUGUGUCAUACUUUUGUCUCCAGCUAGUGUCCUCACCUGGUGAGCAGUUCUGAGCACUGGUGUUGCACAGGGACAGAUGAACAGGAGCCACUGCUACCACUCAGUGCCUCUCACGUGAGCAUAGCGAGGUGCAUCGAGCAGGCUGCAGCCUACAGGUCAGGCUGGAAGAUAGGUGCAGUAGCAUGGUUAGUACCUGCUUCCUUUAGCAGUUCCCUGGGGUGCCUCCUUCCAUUCCCCCUGUUCUCCACAACAUCGGGUUCCUACAGAGGUGCUAUUGUUCCUGCCUUUUAAGGAAUAGCAUAGUCUAAUUUUCAGGAUACCCCUGAAGCUGAAUCCUGUAUUUGAUUUGUAUGCCCUUAAUUAGGUUGAGCAAUUUUCUUUUAUUUACUCUUACUUACGUAGGUUAAAAAAAAAAGUCCUGUUUCUCCAGUGACAAGAGAUGUACAUAUUGUCAAAUGAUGGAAUACUUUCUCUCUCAUGUAAAUUUAGCUUUCGUGUCUGGUUUACAAUAAUUCCCACACAACCAGCAAGUUUAGGACAGAAACUGAACUGGCCUGUUUGUUUGUGAUGGGUCUUCCCUGUCACAGGAUAAAUUUGAUUUGCUAGUAUUAUUUGUAUUGAUAGUAUUUUUGCAUCCAGCACAUAGGUACAGCUCAUUCCUGACUUGCAGCUCUUUCUAAUACUUUAAAAUCAGGUACUCCUGUACUUUAGAAGAAUGCUGCCCUGUGCUGGCUGUUUAAGUCAACUUUUUUUUUUUUUUUUUUAAGAGGGUAUGUAUGUUUAAAUAUAUUUGUUCUUCAUCAGCUGCAUGGCCAAGUUAACACUGCCUUAAAAAAGCAACUUCUACCCUAAGUAGAAAUGAAUAGUAGUAGGUAAUACUAGGUUUGGUCAGUGAAUAGAAUAUGAAACACCUUUAAUAAACCCUUCACUCAUUACCUUUUACAUACAAACAGAUACUAGCAGAUUAUGAUUUAGUGUUAUGCUGUUACCAAUAUAAAUUCUGAUUUAAAGUACUGUUUUUCAUAAAAGAUGUUAUGCUAUGAAGUCUAUUCUCUGCUGUUUUGUAUGUAUUAAUAUAAACCAGGUUGCCUCUCAUAGAGCACCUGUUACUAGAAGCAGCAGUUAUAUAGAAGACAACUCAUUUUAACUUUCUAUAACCCUUGAAGGUCCCCUUUUUCUACACCUUUCAAAUGAUACUGUAUGUGGCUGAGAAGUGGCCAGAACAUUUCAAGAUAGAAUGGUAUGUACCCUUCCAAGGGAACCAAAUUACGUAUUAACACAUUCCUCUGUAACAGUUCUUCAGCCUAUUGUUUAAUAGUAAGUAGUACUGAAAGUAUGUUAGCAGCAAGUAGUUGUUUUUGCUGUACUGAGUUACAGACCCUACUUAGCUAGAACUGAAAGUUAGCUUCCUGUCUUCCUGUAACUAUACAUUUGACCAUAACACUAGAAAAACAACAGCGAAUAAAUGUGUACAAACUGACCUGCAGGAAACAAAACACCAUCUUGACUGGAGCCAGCACUCUAGAACUGCUGCUGCUUCUAGAGAUUAGACUAAAAGAAAUUUCCUGUAGUCUUUGAGUACUGUCCUUUGUGAAAGACGAGCUCUCUGCAAUAUGCUAUAAAUUACUUUCACUGAUGUGGUUCUCCUGAAUCUAGAAUACUACUCACAAUUUUCUUGAACUGAACCGCAGGUACUGUCUCAGGUUUCAAAUCUUAAAACAGUGAAUCCAUAUUUGCAAUUACAAGUACAGUAUUAUGAAACUGAACUGGUCAACAAAUUAUGAGAGUAAACCAUCAGACUUUUUUUUUUCCAGCUCUUUUAAGUAUUGUAAUUUUCCUUUCCUGUGCCAGAUUAUAUAGCCUCAAGCUUCAGAGGCUAGGAGGGUGCUGGGCAUCACAAUUUAAAUAAGGAGUAGGUAGAUGCUUGCAUCUCUUACAUCUGAUUAAAAAAAACCCCAUUGCCAUAACAACUUGGACAAAUGCAAAAGUUUCCAUGGGGUUAGCAGAUUACCAUGUGUCAGCUGCUCUACCACAACUGAUGGUGAGCGAGCCUGUGCUUUCAUAGCAAGCUGCUGCUGUACACCAUCUGAUGACUCUGUUGCUUACCUUAUUUUCUUCCCCCAGAACAACAGGUCACAUGAUGCUACUUCCCAGUUAAUGCAGGACUAAUGCACACAAUGAAUGUCUGGUAAGCACCUUGUUUGUGCAUCAAGCCUUUCUGUCACCUACCCUCUAAGACGAUGCUCUUGUAAGGUUCCAUCAUUGUCCUGUAAAGAUUUGAUGCCAUCUUUUGGAAUUCUUCGAGGUUUUUGGUUUUUUUUUUAAGAGCAGCCAGAUUUGUGGAGACCAAGCAUUCUGCACCCAAGCUUCAUGGAACAUAUAGAAAAUUUGCCAGAAUCAUGGAAUAAAGUAAGGGUGGCAGGGGUCCUGCUGAAAUACUAAAUAGUAAAUGCAAAAAGGAAAAUAGAAGCCCAACACUCAAGCUCUAACAGUUGUUUCGGUAUUAAAAGAAAACACUGUAGGAUUUAGAGCUCUUUGCAUGUUCAUCAGACAGUGAGAGAACAGUCCUGCACCCAUCUAAACCACUGCUCCCUCGCUCAGGAGAGGCAGACAUUUCUGACCUCUUCGUGUUCCCUCUCUUAGGGUGCUAUGUCCAGAGUGUUUGCUUGCAGAGUUCCCUGUGGCCAGACAACUUUGCUCCAUUUUAGAGAACAGAUAAAUAUUGCCAUUUCCUUCCUCAUUAAACUAAUUUACAGAGCAAAAAGUAUGCAAAAAUAUCAGGCCACACGCAAGCUGAGAUGCACUGAAACCACAACCACCUCAUCAGUGGUUUGUACGUUCUUGUGGAAGGGAAGAAACAUACUACAAUUCCGUAAAUGUAAAAGCAAUUCUUUUACAUUGCCACAAACUGGUAAUCCAGGAUCCUGCCUGUCAUACUGCAGCAAGGCAGUCUUACCUAGUAGUCUCCUUAGUCACUCUUCUUAAGUCACCUGGUUUGCAGACUCACAGCAGUUCAUACCUUCAGCCAUUGUUUUGGUAGUGUUUCCAGAAAACUCGGGCCCUAAUACAGUUUUACAGAAGUACAAAGCAGCAGUGGCUCAUGCCAUCUGUCCUUCAAUUUUAAAAGUGCAAUAAAACAAAGUUGUAUCAGUGUAAACUGCAAGAACUGAGCAAUUCCAAAGGUGUUUCUCAAUCCAGCACAGUUUUACAGAGAGGUUGGUUACUUAGUCUAGAAAGCUGACUUACCUACAAGAAGAAAAAAUAUCAGCGAGUCAUCAAGUAAACCUUCUUCCUUGUACACCACUGGAAUAGCAUCUUGAAUGAAACUCUGAUGGCUAUACUGGGUCAGCAAAGAGCCUUUGACUCCAAAUUUACAGAACAGCAGCUCACCUGAUAGUUUUCAGCAAGUUGAAUUGUACUGAAGAGUGAAACUUAAAUCACUUUCAACUAUAUUACAUUUCACUCUAAGUAGCUUCUGUUUUUAUAAAUAUGCUCAAAGUGAUACCCCUUUCUAUUUCUAUUUAUUUAGAGAUGUUUCCAUGAUUAUUUUUUUUAACUCUGUACAAAAUGAUUGUGCUUAUUCUGUUGCCUUUGAAAAAAGAAGUAUUUUUUUAAGCCAAACAGUGGUUCUGUAAGAAGAGAAUGUUUACAUGUUUAACUUUUCAGUUGCUUUAGGUACAUUUUUUGUAAGUAAAAAAAAAAUAAAAAAAUGAUUGAUAAAUUGUA